GUAAGUCCAUACAUAUAUUGAAAAAAAUUCUCACUAAGUUUCCCAUUUUGUGGAUAAUGAGGUUAUGUUCUAAUUUGCAGGUGUACAUCCCUGUCAACAAUGGAGGCGCGCAUUGGUUGGCAGCAUGUGUGGACUUGAAGGCCCGGUAUAUUGAUUUAUACGAUCCAAAUAUGGGAAAUAAAUAUGUCCAGAAUAGAGAGUUGAACAAUGCGGAAUGCCUUACGUAUAUGCUGCCUUACCUAUUGAGGGAUGGGGGAUAUUACGGGAAGAAUCCGGACGUGUCUCCCACUUUAGAUCCAUUCACGAUGACCAUGAUCAAAGAUGCACCCCGCCAAGAUAAUGGGGGUGAUUGUGGCGUCUACGCUCUGAAAUUUAUUGAAUACAUGAGUAGUGAGGAGAACCCUUCAUUUGGUCCGCAAGACAUUAUGUUUUUUAGAAAAAAAUAUGCUGUUGAUUUGUACUUUAAUAAACUUUCAAUGUAGAUCGUAUGUUUAAUGUUAUGACGG